GAAUAACACACCGAAAAUAUGGACUCCAAACUCGUUGUUGAAUGACAUAAAAGACAAAAAGGGUCUCUUUGGCUUGUUGUAGAAGAAGACCUUGUUUCGCUUGCACCAGAAGAAAAACCAAAGAAAUGGCGCCAAAACCAACCAAGAAUGAAACUCCACCGUCAAACCCACCUGGGAUGUUCGCCGGAAUGGUCGUCUUCUUGGUCCCACACGGAGUUCAGAGCCGUCGGUUUCAGGUUUAACACACUACCCAUGAACCCCCGACAAGUACAUAUAUUAUACAUUUAUUUAUGCCCCAAAAAAAAAAAAAUGAAUAAUCUUUGCAAAAGUUUUUAUCUUUGUGCUUUGCCUAAGAUUUGGAAGCAGAAAUUGGCACAAAUGGGUGCUACUAUAGAAGAGCGGCUAACCAAAAGGGUCACCCAUAUUUUUGCUAUGAACCCAGAUUCUCUUCUCCAACAGAUUGACGGUGAGCGCUUGUCACGCUUCAAAGGAAGGGUUCUGCUUUAUCAGUGGAUUGUAGACAGCCUGAGCUCAGGAGAAAAGGUUUCUGAGGAUAUGUAUGAUCUGAAGAUGGAAUCAGAAGAGGAAUACGAGGCAGAAAAGUCUAAGCCAGUAAAGGCUGAGAGUGUUUCUAGUGGUGAUGAUGAUGAACAAUCAAAUGGCAAGAAGAUGAAGUCCUCUGCUGGGAGCCCUCCAGCUUCAAAUGAGAGUUCAUUAUUGUCCAAGGAUAGUUACAAUCCGCCUGAUUUGAACAAAAACAUAACUGAGAUAUUUGGGAAACUCGUUAAUAUAUAUAGAGCAUUGGGCGAUGACAGGAGGUCGUUUAGCUAUUACAAAGCUAUAGCAGUCAUUGAGAAAUUGCCCUUUAAGAUUCAAAAUGUGGAGCAGGUCAAACACCUGCCCUCCAUUGGCAAGUCAAUGCAAGAUCAUAUACAGGAGAUAGUGACAACUGGGAAGCUAUCAAAGUUGGAGCACUUUGAAAAAGAUGAAAAGGUACGAACAAUCAGCUUAUUUGGCGAAGUUUGGGGCAUAGGUCCAGCCACUGCAUUGAAAUUAUAUGAGAAAGGACACCGUACACUGGAUGACUUGAAGAAUGAAGAUUCAUUAACAAAUGCACAGAAAGUAGGAUUAAAAUAUUUUGAUGAUAUCAGACAGAGAAUCCCACGUAAAGAGGUUGAAGAGAUGGAAAUUCUUUUAAAGAAAGCUGGGGAGGAAAUUCUGCCAGGGGUAGUUAUUGUAUGUGGAGGAUCAUUUCGACGUGGGAAAGCUUCCUGCGGGGAUUUAGACGUUAUAAUUACAUAUCCUGAUGGAAACAGUCACAAAGGCUUUUUACCAAAAUAUGUGAAGCAUUUAAAGGAUAUGAAGUUCUUAAGAGAGGAUUUGGUUUUCAGCACUCACAGUGAGGAGGGUACUGAUUCUGGUGUUGACACAUAUUUUGGUCUUUGCACGUAUCCUGGAUCGGAGCUACGCCACCGCAUAGAUAUUAAGGUGUACCCACGGGACAUAUAUGCAUUUGGCCUAAUAGCUUGGACAGGAAAUGAUGUACUAAACAGGAGAUUGAGAUUGCUAGCUGACUCAAAAGGAUUCCGGCUCGAUGAUACAGGUUUGUUUCCAGCCACUCAGGCAGCUGGCGGUAAAAAGGGGGCAAAAGCUAGCGCUAGUUUGAAGUUUAAUGAAGAGAAAGAGGUGUUUGAUUUCCUUGGAUUUCCAUGGCUUGAACCACAUGAAAGAAAUUUGUAACCUGUAAAUAGAUUUUACGCACAUUUUGCUUUUGGGAGAUGGGGGUUGUUUAUAUAUUUUGGCAUGUUGCUUUCUAGCAGAGUUGCAUGUAAAUAAGUCAAGUUACUUCUCAAAAUGACACAUGAUCACAUGAAGGUUCGUUAACAAGGAACAGGUCGCUUUGUGAGCUAAUGUUUUAUCUAUAAUUUUUGGUAGUCUUUUUUUAAUUAAAGCAAUAGUGCGAUUGAAACU